CUAAAAAACACCUUUUUUAAGCCGCUUCUUUAAAACGAGUUUCCUCAUUUGAAGUAGAGCACAAGCAAUCCCAUUUGCCUUUUAGGCUUUUACACAGUUCAUCAUCAUCUCAAGAUAAAUUUGGUUAUGAGUUCAAAAGAGAUGAUGAACUCAACAAGCGGCAGCUCGUCCUCAAGGAAGCAUCUAAUCUUCGUAAUUAGCAUGGCCGUGGCCUUGUCGGCCUCACGAGCUUCUGCCCAGACGAGCAACAGUAGCCUACAUUUGGACAACACCGUACGAGUCGAUCCUUUAGACAAUCUGAGGAAGUACAGAGAAGGUUAUGAUGUGACGAACGAACAUUACUGGAGCUCGACUGCUUUUACCGGUGUUUCCGGUUAUGCCAUAUCAGCAGCAUGGCUCAUGUGUGGGCUCGGUUAUGGAGUAUACCUUCUCGUUCGAAAAUCUUUCAAGAAAAACAGAAAACCGAAGAAAAUCGUGCCGUGUCACAAGAACUGCCGUCUAAAGCCACUUGUCAUAGCUAUUGUUUUUACAGUCCUUGCAAUAUUGGGCGUUGGCCUUGUUCUUGGAGGGAACGCGAAAUUUCACUCGAGGGCAAAAACCGUGAUCGACAUUGUUAUAGACACGGCAGACGAAGCUUCAGACACCAUACGCAACACGACACAAGCUAUGAAGGAAAUGAACAUCACUUUAGGAAAUGAAACUUUAGGGACUGAGUCGAGUGACACCCGGGCGACUCGUUUUCUGACUAGGACUUCACGGGCUCUCGAUGAUCAGGCUGCAAAUAUUUCAAGACAAGCUUCGAAAAACAGGCGCCUAAUCAACAGAGGCCUCAACAUAGUGUAUGUUUUCUUUUCUUUCAUCCUUCUUUUCAUUUUCACUCCGCAGAUUAACGAGUGUGUUUGGUGUAUUGAAAUUUUGGAGGAGUCUUCAAGUAUUAAUCGCGCUUUGCUGGACACUCACUGUCCUCUGCUGGCUGUUCUUCGGCAUAUACCUCUUCCUACAAAAGUACAUUUCUUUGCAAAUGACACGUGCACGGCAUUCGAGAGCUUCCAACAGAAUCCUUACAACAACAGCCUCAGCUCAAUUCUCCCCUGUGACGAGUUGCUUUCUGCACGAGCCGUUCUUGAUGAUGUUAGUUCAGGAAUAUUCGACCUAGUGAACGAGGUGAACAACAAUAUAUCCACAUCAUACGGCAAUAUUGUUCAGAUAUGCAACCCGUUUUCUCCACCUCCCACAUACGAAUACCAACCUUCGAAUUGUCCAGUCGAGUCAAUCCGAAUAGGCGAUAUUCCCCGGGUGUUGAGACUGCUGACGUGUCCCGAUACGAAUGGUGGGACGUGUAAUGGAGGAAUUGUUGUUCCAGCUGGCGAUUUUAACCGGGUCGAGGCCUACACGACAUCUGUACAGAGGCUGCUGGACGUGUACCCGGGCUUGGAAAGCCUGGUCGAGUGUGGUACGGUUCGGGCCGCCUUUGCUGAGAUUCUUGAGAGUCACUGCGGCCCGUUAAGGAGGUAUGCCCGCAUGGCGUGGGCCUCGCUGGCCUUUUUGUCAGUUGUGAUGGUUGUGUUGGUUCUCUUGUGGGCUGCUGGGGCCCAUCAUGUUCGGGCCCAACAUCCGUUGGAUGGCUCUGUGAAGCCGCAUUUGGUGGGGGGAUUGGAGGUUGGGGAAGACGGGUUGGAGCAUAAUGCUGAUGUGUAGAUUUUUUUUUUUUUGAUAUUUUUUUUAAGGAAAAAUUUGUACAGGUAGAAAAAUAUACGGAGUAUUACACUUGUCACGGUUCGAGAGGUCGAGGAUAGGUGCCAGCAUAUAUAGGCUGAGAGCUCCACAUAUGUCACAGUCACACACAGAGUUUUCUGUUUUUUUGAGGUUAGGAUUAUAGAAAUAAGAAUAUACAAGAUUGCCAAUGGGGACAAACCCCUUAAGGCAUGCAAUGAAUUUUUCUAGGCCAGUGAGUAUAAUUUUAUGUUACAUUUCUUAUAUUGGUAAAGUUAUAUUCGUUGGAGGAAAAAAAAGGACAUUUCUUAUAAAAUUAUCAAUGGAG